AUGGCGGUGGAGUAUACCUGCUGCGAAUCAAAGUUCUUCAUCAACAUAGCGGUCAUCGUGCUGCUCGUCUUGUUCGCGGGCUUGAUGUCGGGCCUCACCUUGGGCCUCAUGUCUCUCAGCCUCGUCGAUCUCGAGGUCCUUGCCAAAUCUGGCACUCCUCAGGAUCGUAUCCACGCAGAGAAGAUAUUGCCGGUUGUCAAAAAUCAACAUUUGUUGCUCUGUACUUUGCUGAUUUGCAAUGCUGCAGCCAUGGAGGCGCUUCCUAUUUUUCUUGAUAGUCUUGUUACUGCAUGGGGUGCUAUCCUGAUUUCGGUGACGUUAAUUCUUCUGUUUGGUGAGAUUAUACCCCAAUCUGUUUGUUCUCGGUAUGGUUUAGCGAUUGGCGCAACGGUGGCUCCCUUUGUCCGUGUGCUUGUAUGGAUCUGUUAUCCAAUUGCUUUUCCAAUUAGCAAGUUGUUGGACUUUUUGCUGGGCCAUCGAAAUGAAGCCCUUUUCCGCAGAGCCGAGUUAAAAACACUCGUAAAUUUGCAUGGUAAUGAGGCUGGAAAAGGUGGGGAACUAACACAUGAUGAAACAACAAUCAUUGCUGGGGCACUUGAACUCAGUGAGAAGACCGCUAGCGAUGCGAUGACUCCUAUAUCUGACACAUUUGCCAUUGAUAUUAAUUCCAAACUUGAUAGGGAGCUGAUGAACCUAAUAUUGGAGAGGGGGCACAGCAGAGUCCCGGUCUAUUAUGAGCAGCCUACAAAUAUUAUUGGACUUAUACUGGUCAAGAAUUUAUUGACAAUGGAUCCAGAAGAGGAAGCAUCUGUGAAGAGUGUAACCAUACGCAGGAUUCCAAGGGUUCCAGAAAGUAUGCCCCUCUAUGAUAUAUUGAAUGAGUUCCAGAAGGGCCAUAGCCACAUGGCUGUUGUUGUAAGACGGUGUGACAAGACAAAUCAACCAUCUUCCCAAAACUCUGGCAAUGAGUCAGUGAAGGAUGUGAAGGUGGAUAUUGAUGGUGAAAAACCCCCACACGAGAAAAAGGUGAAACCCAAGAUGCCACUCCAUAAGUGGAAAAGCUUUCCAAAUACAAACAAGUCGAUUAAGGGAUCUCGGAGCAAAAAAUGGACAAAAAAUAUGUACUCGGAUAUUCUGGAGAUAGAUAAUGGAAGUCCACUUCCAAAACUCCCCGAAGAAGAAGAAGCUGUUGGAGUAAUUACGAUGGAAGAUGUUAUUGAAGAACUACUACAGGAGGAGAUCUUCGAUGAGACAGAUCAUCAUUUUGAAUUCUCAUGACGAUGGCUUUCACCAAUUGUAGUUUAGUAUCAGUGUUCAUGUAUUUAUAAUUUGUUGUUAAUUAGGUACUGCGGUUUAGAGUGAAAAUGCUGCUGUUAGCAAUGUGAGUAUAUAUGUAAUAUGGAAGUUCAAGAUGUUAUCGCUUUAUCAAAUGUAGGGACAAGAAGAUAUCGAUGCUUUCAAACUUUUCUGUUACGAGAUAUACAUCAAUAUCAAUAUAUGUACAUGUGUUGCAAGGAAAAAAUGGGGCAUGCCAGCAAAUCACGUUUUGUUCUGAAUUAUUGACAGCUACUUA